AUAAACUGAGUCAUAAAGCCAAUGCUUUCUAAGUCUGACCAAGUAUAUAUAUACAAAAAUAUGAAGAUAAACGAUACCAAAUAAAUAUAAUACAUCCCCCAUUAGAUAUAUUUUCAUAAUGUAUUUAUUCAAUAUUGUAGUUGUUGCUAUUUUCUUCUAUAUAUCUGGCCAAACUUAGAAAUAAUUGACUUUUUGACCUAAUUUAUACGCCGUGUAUUUGGGACAGAGGGAGUAAUACACGUCGUCAUCUAAUUACAGCAAGGCAUUGAAAUAUAACCUAAAGAUACCUUACCUACCACUCUCUAGUCUCUAUACCUCCAUACCCAAAGUAGAGCUCCCCGGAGAGGAGAAAAAUGGCUGCGCGGCUCUUUCUGGCCCUUCUUUUAUCAUUCUCCUUCCAGCUUUGCUCUUGUGCUCCCCCAUGGCAGAUCAUGACCACUGGCUCAUACAUGACACCAGAAGAUCGUGAGAGAAUCUUUCUCAUCUCACCAGAUACCACCUUCUCUUGCGGCUUCCAUCGAGUUGGAACAAAUGCUUUCACCUUCUCCAUCUGGUACACCACCGUGAAAACGGUUGUCUGGACGGCAAAUCCCUACUCCACGGUCAAUGGCUACUUCUCCCCAGUGAACCUUUACGGCUCCAGGAUAUCUCUGAAACACGAUGGAAACCUGGUCCUGACAGAUAACAAUGGCUCAAUGGUUUGGGAAAGCAAGACAUCUUCAGGCAAGCACACAAUUGUUUCCCUCCUCAACACUGGCAACCUUGUUAUCAGUGAUUCUGGUAAUAAUACUGUAUGGCAGAGCUUUCACUCACCAACAGACACCUUGCUCCCUUGGCAAAACUUGACGAAAGACGCAAGGUUAGUCUCUGGUUACCAUCACCUCUAUUUUGACAACGACAAUGUCUUGCGCCUAUUAUAUGAUGGCCCAGAGAUUACAAGCAUCUACUGGCCAAGUCCAGAUUACAAUGCAUUUGAAAAUGGACGCAAUAGAUAUAACAGCACCAGGGUAGCAUUUCUUGAUGACGAGGGUAAUUUUGUGUCAAGUGAUGGGUUUAAAAUAGAGGCUUCAGAUUCAGGUUCUGGGAUAAAGAGGAGGAUCACAAUUGAUCAUGAUGGCAAUUUCAGAAUGUACAGCUUGGAUGUCUCAACAGGGAAUUGGGUGGUCACAGGGCAGGCGGUAAUACAGAUGUGCUAUGUGCACGGAUUAUGUGGUAAGAAUGGGCUUUGUGAUUACUCAGGGGGCCUUAAAUGUAGAUGCCCUCCAGAACAUGUGGUGGUUGAUCCAACAGAUUGGAACAAGGGAUGCAAACCAGCAUUCACAAUUGGCAGCAAUCAACCACAUGAGGACUUUACAUUUGUUAAGCAACCUCAUGCAGACUUCUAUGGCUUUGAUCUGGGCUCUAAUCAAUCCAUCUCAUUUAAAACAUGCAGGGGCAUUUGCCUGAACAGCAGCUCAUGCAUAUCUUUCACAUACAAGGGUGGGGAUGGUUGGUGUUACACUAAAGACAUACUCUACAACGGUCAGGUGUACCCAUAUUUCCCAGGAGACAACUACAUGAAAGUACCAAAGAGUUUCAACGGUUCAGCAUCCUCAAUCUCCAAACAAGAAAGCCUAACCUGCAGACCCAAUGGUUCGGAGAUUAUGCUAGGAUCAGCAAAUAUGUAUGGAAUGAAGAAGGACAACAUAAAGUGGAUAUACUUAUAUGUCUUUAUUGCAAUAUUGGGAGCUCUAGAGUUGUUUGUUAUUGUGACAGGAUGGUGCCUUUUUUUCAGAAAGAGUAACAUGCCCAAAUCAAUGGAGGAUGGAUACAAGAUGAUAAGAAACCAGUUCAGGCGGUUUACAUACAGAGAAUUGAGUGAAGCAACUGGAAAAUUCAAAGAAGAGAUUGGGAGAGGGGGUGCUGGAAUUGUUUAUAGAGGAGUACUUGAAGAUAAGAAAAUAGUGGCAGUAAAGAAACUCACAAAUGUUCAACAGGGAGAAGAGGAAUUCUGGGCGGAAGUGACUCUAAUUGGAAGGAUCAAUCACAUAAAUUUGGUCAGGAUGAUGGGAUUUUGCUCAGAAGGGAAAAACAGAUUAUUGGUAUAUGAGUAUGUGGAGAAUGAGUCACUGGACAAGUACCUCUUUGGUGAGAGAAGUACCGAAAGUCUGCUCGGUUGGAGCCAAAGGUACAAAAUCGCCUUGGGCACAGCAAGGGGUCUUGCUUAUCUUCAUCAUGAAUGCCUUGAAUGGAUAGUCCAUUGUGACGUGAAGCCAGAAAACAUACUCCUAAGUCGAGAUUUCAAUGCCAAAAUAGCGGACUUCGGACUAGCCAAGCUUGCAAAGCGAGAUAGCGCUAACUUCAAUUUCACCCAAAUGAGAGGCACGAUGGGCUACAUGGCACCAGAAUGGGCACUGAAUAUGCCGAUCAAUGCGAAGGUCGAUGUUUACAGCUAUGGGGUUGUGCUUCUGGAAAUUGUGACUGGAACUAGGGUUUCAAGUGGCAUAAUUGCCAACGAAAGACAAAUGGGGUUUCCAGACUUUAUCCAGGAGGCCAAACAGAUUCUGGCUACCGAGAAUAUCAAUGAUCUUGUGGAUGCAAAAUUGAAGGGGCAUUUCGAUCUAGAGCAGGCUACUGCAAUGGUGAGAAUAGCUGUUUCAUGCCUUGGAGACAGAAGCAAGAGGCCGACAAUGGACGAAGUUCUGAAGUCUCUUAUGUCAUAUGAUGAUGAAGACAACCAUCCUGCCUAUUCACAUUGAUAUGAGCUGAUGCAAAGAUUUGGGCUAUCCGCCCUGUGUGUCAACUCUGUUGAUGUUACAAACCAAUAGGCAUAAGUAGAUAAGAUACAAAAAAAUGUUGUGUGCGUUUGAAAGAAGCUAUUGUAAAGUGUAGCAGUUUUUUGUGUUUCAAGUGCAACAAAUAAACAGUACUCCCUCCGUUUCAAAAUAAGUGUCGUAGUUUUAGUUCAAGGAGGGGGUGUGAUGGACUAAUAUCUUCUUACAUAAAGGCAUCAAGUGUUCUCAUAACAGCAAUGCUUUCUUUUUAUCAACAAAUUUGGUCAAACUAGAGAGAAGGGGGCAACUCAGUUACAUCUAUGCUUCGCUUAUCACGCACAAUUGCACGUGGACGAAACGAAUCAUCUCGAGUCUACACUCUACACACACCAUCUUAACGCAGACGAAAAUAAACACCACAUUAAGUUGGAAAAAAUCUCACCUGUUUACAUUGAAAGAAAUUUCGUUAAACGCACCAGCUAUUGCACGGUGUUUAGCUGGAAUGAUUUAACGAUUCAGAUUAAAAGUUGGUCACCCAUUAGUCUGCACCGACGAUUAUCCAAACCAAAUGUGUUUGACAACGCAUUGCUAUAGUUAGAAUCAACAUCUGCUUCGUUCCAGCAUUUGGUUCAUUUCAUAAGGAAACAGAUAAAACAAUCGCCGGCGAGGCAGACAAAACAGACAUGACUAUUUGUCAAAGGCGGAAGCAUGCCGCAAAGCUAAAGCUAGUACAUCACGGGAAGUAGGAAGCAUUCUGCAGGAAGUUCAGGAUUUAGUGGGGAAUUUCUCUAGUUUCCGUUUGAGCUUCUAUUGAGAGGGAUGCAAAUGCUGCAGCCCGUCUUUGUGUAAAAAGGCAUAGGUGCUUAUGGCUCAAUUACAUCCCUCCUUUCCUUGCUGAUACUCUUCGGCAAGAUUGUAAUUCAGAUGAUUGAUCAAUAAAGCUCAUUGAAUCGCAACAAAAAAGAAAGAAAGAGCUAAAGCUAGUACAUUAUGGGCAGU